AUGGCAAACCCACCAGCCGCUCUGACCACCCAACAGUUUAUUGAUCUGGGUAAAGUUCCCGAUUUUGUUCGGGACGUAAAACCAUUCACCGGCAAUCCGACUAAACUUAUCGAUUGGAUCACCGAUGUCGAAUCAAUCUAUAGGACUUAUCGGGAAAAUGGUGCGACUGCCGCACAAAUGAAUAUUUUAGAAAGAACGAUUCGUAGGAAAGUCGAAGAUGCCUCCGACUAUGCUAUCGGAGCUGUCUUAUCACAAGGUGAUAUAGGUAAAGAUAAGCCGAUUCACUUCGCCUCAAGAACUCUUUCCAAAACAGAAGAAGGGUCCUCCGUUCCGGAAAAAGAAAUAUCACCAACCAUUAACUUUCUCACUUUCUCCGAAAAACACCAACGCAAAGCUAAAGCGUUGGAAGGCAUAUCUAGAAGAGCAUGA